AUGUUCUUUGUGCACGGAGGAGCAGGCACGGCUUCUUUUUCCACCCUGCUGAAAAUGAAAAAAAAACUGAAAAAAGUCAUUUUAAAAAAUACGUUAGAAAAAAUAGCAGAAAAAAUGGAAAAAUCGGCAUUAUUUAACUGUGGAAAUGGCAGUAACAGAACAGAAAAUGGAAAAAUAGAAAAUGAAUGCUGCUUAAUGAGAAAAAAUCAGUUUAUGAGUCUUUGUAUGAUACCAGAAAGGAAAUUACCAUAUAAAGAAAUAGUUAAACAGAUAAAAAGAAAAAGGUUUCCAGGAAAAGUAGUGCCACUCAGUAAAGUAUAUCAAGAAGAACCAGCCCAAACCACCCCACAAACAGAAGAAGAUAAAGAAAUAAAUCAAAGCACAGCCGGAUCACCAAGUAAAGAUAACCAAAUACUCAGAAACCCACAGAAGAAUAAAGAAUCAGUUAUUACAGGAUUAGAAAAUAAUUCAGAUACGGUUGGUGUAGUACAGGUAAAGCCACACAGUAUAAUUGCUUACUCAAGCAGUGGCGGACCCAAUGGCAAAGAAUCAGGACGAAUUGGGCCAUGCUCAGUCUUUGGUGCAAAUACGUUUGUAUCUGGAUCAUGUGCUGUGGUUAUUUCGGGCACAGGAGAGUCUCUGAUAAAGCAUCAGCUAGCCAGGAGAAUACACAAAUUAUGCACCAAAUUGUUAUUUGAAGAAAUAUCACAGGAAAUGAAAAUAUUCAGUAAUAAAGAACGGUUAUUUCCGUAUAUGGCAGGAAUUGCCAUAAAAAGAAAAAACGGUGAAGUUUUUCUUGUUCAUUUCCAAACUGCGGCAUCUUUUAUUUUUGCAUACUCUGCAGGAGGAAAAACAAAAGUCAUCAUACACCAGCAGCCCAAAGGAGAGAUAUUUUUAAAUAUCAUUAGACUACCUGAUGAUAAUUUCCAAAUAAAGUAAUAUAUUCUAUUAAUUAUUACUGGCAUAAUCAUA